GACUUAAAAUUACGAGGAAACCCUCCAAAAAUCUCAUACACCCGAACGUUAAAACCGUGAUUGGCAUUCGCAUAGAAGGAACCACUCCUCAACGGGAAAUCAAAUUUAUAUUUAUAAAAAAAAUCUCUCCGUUGGGUGUUUGAAAGAUUGAGCUUGGCCACUGUGUUUUUGAUGCGAUCAAUGGUGUGUUCUGGUAAUAGAGACAUGGCGAUGGGAUCCGACAGAUCGUAUCCUCUUCACAAUUUCAAUCUCCCAUGUUUGAAGUGGGGGAAUCAGAGGUAUCUAAGGUGUAUGAAACUUGGUGAUGCUUCCGCCGCCGCCACCGCCACCGUCACCGACGAAUCUUCCUCCGCCUCCGUUGCUGAUCGUCAUCGUCGUCGUCGCUUUCAGAGACGCCGAUCUCCCCCGUCGAAAUUUGAGGGCUUGAUGGUUGGUGGGAUGAGGCGGCAAGAAUCGGCGUCGUCUCCGACCAAAGAUUAUGGGAGGGAGCAACGCUUGAUGAUUCCGAAGGGAGAGACCGCGGAGGGGAUCGAGGCUGUUAGGGAGAAGAUUAUGAAGGAUCUUAAAACGGCGGCGGAUAAGAUCAAAGAUGCAAUUUUUAGGGACAAAGUCUCCGACGGUGAUAAGAUGGUGGUCGAUGAGAAUGAAUUCAAAGAGCCUAAACAGAAAUGGAAAGACAAAGAAAAAGAGAAGGAAGAAUCGCCGACGGUGGAGGUGGAGGUGGAGGUGGAGGUGGAGGCGAGGCCGUGGAAUCUCAGGACGAGGCGUGCGGCGUGCAAGGCUCCGAUUGAUGAUGGAGAAACGAACAGGAACCACAGUUCUCCGACGAAGAAUGAGGUGAUCAGCUCAUCCAGAGUAAGAGUGAGAGGACCGUCGGUGGCGUCGGCGACGGCGGCAGAAGAGAACAAAAGAGCACGACCGAAAUUCUCGGUGCCGCUGUCGAAGAAAGAGAUCGAGGAGGAUUUCAUGGUGAUGGUUGGGCGUCGCCCUCGAAAAAGGCCAAAGAAACGCGCACGUUAUGUUCAAAGGGAACUGGAUUCGUUGUUCCCGGGCUUACAACUGACGGAGGUGAGGGUGGAUUCUUACAAGGUUCCGGAGGUGAUUGAAAACGGCAAUGUAGGUUGAAGUAAGAUUUAAAAACUGAUUGAAAACGGCAAUGUAGGUUGAAGUAAGAUUUAAAAACUCUCACCUUAUUUUACCUCUGGUUCACCAAAGAAAUGAAAUUUAAUUGUGGUGCAGAGAUAGUGAAGUGUGGGCAUGGAUUGUUUGUGUAAGCUGACAUAUGGUAAAUUGCUGACCGUAACUAGUCAAAUGGGAAUAUUUCAUAUAAAUGUUGAAUUUCCCAGCAA